AUGGAAUACGAAGCGAAGAAAGCGAGAAAGGGGUUUGUGUCUCCCAUCAAAAGGCUGGUUUUCCCCAAGGCGGCUCGGAAGCAGGCCUUCAAGAACCCCAUCUGUCGGCGCCCUCUGCACUCUGUCCCGCUGUACCCCCCGGACUAUCUCAUCGACCCCCACAUCCUCCUACAUGACUACGUGGAAAAGGAGGUGAAGUUUUUAGGCCACCUGACCUGGGUGACGGCUUCCUUGAAUCCCUCCAGCCGUGAAGAACUGCUGCAGCUCCUGGAUACUGCCAGGCAACUGAAGGAGCUUCCGCUGAAGACCACCCCAGAGCAGGACAGCAUCCUCAGCCUUUCGGCGCGCUGCUUGCUCCUUACCUGGCGGGACAACGAGGAGCUCAUCUUGAGAAUCCCCACCCAUGAAAUCGCUGCUGCCUCCUACCUGCGGGACGACGCACUGCACCUCUUGGUGCUCAAAACAGGCUUGGGAGUCGACCCGGUGCCCGCAGGGGGCAGUCUGGACUCUUAUCCCGGAAGCACGCAGGAGAAGAAAUUCCCCGGGGGGCCCUCUGAAAAGAGGCCGGUGGAGCCCAGGCAGCCGGGGGCCACCACGGAGCGGCGCCACACCAUCUGCAGCCUGGACUGGAAAAUGUCCCGGGGUGGGCAGGAGGGGAGGCCCAGCGGAGGCGGGGGCAGCCUGGAGAGGAAGCAGGGUGGCGGGAGCUGGGAGAAGAGGCAGGGGGGCGGGGUCAGGCCCUUUGGGAGCUGGGAGCGCCGGCAGACCUACAGCGGGAGCUGGGAGUGCCACCCGGCCGGCAAAGGCGGGGGCAGCUGGGAGUGCCGGCGGGCGGGGAAGCCCGGGGGCAGCUGGGAGCACCGUCAGGCCUACAGCGGGAGCUGGGAGCGAGGCAAGGCCUGCGGCAGCUGGGAGCGGAGGAACACGGGGGACAACCCCCUGGACCCGAAGAAGCCGAGCCCGGAAGCCUACUGCAACCUCGUCAUCCUGGCGGUGACUAACAGGGACACAGCCGAGGAGUCCUGCGCUCUCAUCUGCCAGGUUUUCCAGAUCAUCUACGGGGACCAGACCAUUGAGUGUGUGGACCGGGCCGGCUACCAUUACACAUCCACUCCAAAGCGUCCUUGGUUGUCCAGCCGCAGCGAGAGCUGCCGGACAGAUGGGACAUACGCCUACGACGCCGAUUUCAGCUGCUGCAGCUCCUUUGACGGCUCCCACGAAACCUUUGAGGCCUACCGCAGCGGCGGUUCUUCCCCCUCAUUUCGCCAGUCGCACCACAGCCUCGCGACAGCCUGCAGCGGGAGCGACCAAAGCAGCACUGGGCUGGAACAGCUGCAGGAGUACAUGAUCACGCUGAGAAACAAGCUGACCCCACAGGAAAUCCAGCAGUUUGCCUUGUUGCUCCGCGAAUACCGGAUGGGCCUGGCGGUUGAGGCCUAUUGCGCCGGCCUUCUCCAGCUCUACGGAGACAAGCGGAAGUUCCUUCUCUUGGGUAUGCGGCCGUUCAUUCCCGAUCAGGACAUUGGCUACUUUGAGAGCUUCCUGGAGAACAUCGGCAUCCGCGAGGGAGGGAUUCUGACGGACAGCUUCGGGCGCAUCAAGCGGAGCAUGAGCAAUACCUCCGCCUCGGCCGUGCGCAGCUACGACAGCUGGUCGCUGCGCUCCGAUUCGGAGUCCUUCAACCGCAUGAUUACGGACAUCACCCACGACAUCGAGGCCCUGGCACGGAACGAGGAGGACGAGGAGGACGGAGACGAUACUGACGACGAAGACAACUAUCUGUGAGGACGCAGCCGGGCUAACGAGGCUGUGGAGGGACUGGCGAUUGGUCUAUGGAUCAGUCUACCAAGAAGACCAGUGCUGGAAGAAUGGGUCAGUCAGUUGGCCCGUUCUGUAUGGGUCAGCGGAGACAAAUGCCGCCCCUUCUCCCUAUCCAUGUACAGACACCUAAGAACAUAACG